AUGGCUAAGGAGAUAGUCGAGAAGUGCGAAGGUUGCCAGUUUUACUCGAACAUGUCCCACAAUCCCGCAUCGGCCUUGAAGACUAUUCCACUUGUCUGGCCAUUUGCUGUUUGGGAACUGGACAUGGUUGGGCCCUUGAGGACCGGCAGAAGUGGCUUCACCCAUCUGCUCGUGGUAGUCGACAAGUUCACUAAGUGGAUUGAAGCCAAACCCAUCAAGAACCUCGACUCAAGCACAACCAUCAGUUUCAUCAGAGAGUUAAUAUUCAGAUAUGGAGUUCCGCAUAGCAUCAUCACGGACAAUGGCUCAAACUUUGAUUCCGAUGAGUUCAGAGCUUUCUGCGCUUCCCAAGGCACUCAGGUCGACUACACAUCCGUUGCGCACCCACAGCCGAAUGGGCAAGCUGAAAGAGCAAAUGGUUUGAUCCUCCAAGGGCUGAAAGCCCGAUUGAUGCGCGACCUCAAGCAUGCAGCACGUGCUUGGGUGACUGAGUUGCCGUCCGUUCUGUGGGGAUUGAGGACAAUUCCCAACCGGUCGACUGGUCGAACUCCUUUCUUCAUGGUAUAUGGGGCUGAAGCUGUGCUUCCGAGUGACUUGCUCCACAAUGCGCCCCGAGUAGCACUCUUCUCAGAAACCAAAGCAGAGCAAGCAUGUCAAGACGAUGUUGAUCUUCUGGAGGAAGAGAGAGAUGGCCUUGAUCCGCCCGACCAUCUACCAGCAAGACCUUCGUCGAUUCCACGCCCGAAACAUCAGAGGUCGAGCAUUUCAAGAAGGAGACCUUGUGCUCCGAGUGGAUCAGCAACGGCCUCAUAA